AUGUCUAGGAUCCCUGAGAUCCAGGUCCGGCGAGAGACUCCACACAGAGGAGGGCUGUCAUUCUUUCCUGAGCAUCCCGGGGAUCCCAGAGCCCGCUCAGUUUCCAAACAGGCCACAGUGGAGACUCCCCUUGUUGCAGGAAACAGGAAUCCGUCCUCAGGCCGUGAUGCCUCCAUCCCCUGUCCAGGCUCGGGGCUCUCUGGGCGGCCUCCCUUUCGCAGAGGCUCCAGGCCUUCCCCGACUCAACACAUGGGGCCAGCUCAGGACGGGGUGUGCUCCGAGGCGUCAGGGCCCAGGGCUCACUGCCCUGGGAUCCCCUCCGGUGCUCCGCCUUGCCGCGGAAACAUUGUUUUGGAUGCCUCCCCGCCCCUCCUGCAAGGCUCCCUCUUGCCCCACACACCUAGAGCCGCCAGGGCUGUCCGGGGAGGCACCACCAGCCCCGCCCCGCGGGCCCUUUUUCUCACAACGCCCCCACCACUGUUUUUUAAGAGAAAGGUGCAAGGGAGCCAGCCUAUCUUUUGUUGCUCUUUUGCUCUGCUUCCCCUCAACCCCCAACAAGCAGCAGCCCUGAGCCCUCUGAGCAAAUGCAAACUCCAUACCAUGUUCUGCGAGGCUGCAUUUUCAACAUUACGUAUGCUUCUCCUUGGGGAUAUUGCCUGCUCUAAGAAGAGCCGUAACGAGACAUAUGGCGAAGGCAGCGGCGUGGAGAUCCUGGAGAACCGGCCGUACACAGAUGGCCCAGGUGGCUCUGGGCAGUACACACACAAGGUGUAUCAUGUGGGCAUGCACAUCCCCAGCUGGUUCCGCUCCAUCCUGUCCAAGGCAGCCCUGCGGGUGGUGGAGGAGUCCUGGAAUGCCUACCCCUACACCCGAACCAGGUUCACCUGCCCUUUCGUGGAGAAAUUCUCCAUCGACAUUGAAACCUUUUAUAAAACUGAUGCUGGAGAAAACCCCGAUGUGUUCAACCUCUCUCCUGUGGAAAAGAACCAGCUGACAAUCGACUUCAUCGACAUUGUCAAAGACCCUGUGCCCCACAACGAGUAUAAGACAGAAGAGGACCCCAAAUUGUUCCAGUCAACUAAGACCCAGCGGGGGCCCCUGUCAGACAACUGAAUCGAGGAGUACAAGAAGCAGGUCUUCCCCAUCAUGUGUGCAUACAAGCUCUGCAAGGUGGAGUUCCGCUACUGGGGCAUGCAGUCCAAGAUCGAGAGGUUCAUCCAUGACACCGGACUACGGAGGGUGAUGGUGCGGGCUCACCGGCAGGCCUGGUGCUGGCAGGACGAGUGGUAUGGGCUGAGCAUGGAGAACAUCCGGGAGAUGGAGAAGGAGGCGCAGCUCAUGCUUUCCCGUAAGAUGGCCCAGUUCAGUGAGGAUGGUGAGGAGGCCACUGAGCUCCUCAAGCAUGAAGCCGCCUCGGACCAGGCCUCUGGGGAGCCCCCGGAGCCCAGCAGCAGCAACGGGGAGCCUCUGGUGGGGCGGGGCCUCAAGAAACAGUGGUCCACAUCCUCCAAGUCGUCUCGGUCGUCCAAGCGGGGAGCGAGUCCUUCCCGCCACAGCAUCUCGGAGUGGAGGAUGCAGAGUAUCGCCAGGGACUCGGACGAGAGCUCAGACGACGAGUUCUUCGAUGCGCACGGUGACUCUCUGACGCUGAUGAGAGGAAAAUACAUAUUUAACGUAGAAAAUGCUAUAAAAGAGAUAGCAAAGCAGGAAGUGCCAGGGCAGCAGUGUUCUGGGGAAAUGGGCCCAGGAGCCCAUCCAGAGCUGGAGGAGGGCCACCUCCAUGCCAGCGUGCUGAGGACUGAGCCCUGCUCACGCCGUUCCAGCAGCUCCACCAUGCUGGAUGGCACAGGUGCCCUGGGCAGGUUUGACUUUGAGAUCACGGACCUCUUCCUCUUUGGGUGCCCAAUGGGGCUGGUCCUGGCCUUGAGGAAGACUGUCAUCCCAGCCCUGGAUGGGCCAGCCCCAGCUCUGCAGCCAACACCCCCACACCCAGUUUUCCAGCUGCGGCCGGCCUGCCAGCAAGUCUACAACCUCUUCCAUCCCGCGGACCCGUCAGCGUCGCGCCUGGAGCCGCUGCUGGAACGGCGCUUCCACGCUCUGCCGCCUUUCAGUGUCCCCCGCUACCAACGCUACCCGCUGGGGGACGGCUGCUCCACACCGCUGGAUGUGCUCCAGACCCACAAUGUGGCCUUCCAAGAGCAUGCCACCCCCUCCUCGCCCAGCACUGCCCCUGCCAGUCGUGGCUUCCGCCGAGCCAGUGAGAUCAGCAUCGCCAGCCAGGUGUCAGGCAUGGCCGAGAGCUACACGGCAUCCAGCAUUGCCCAGAUCGCUGCAAAGUGGUGGGGCCAGAAGUGGAUCGACUAUGCCCUGUACUGCCCUGAUGGCCUCACGGCCUUCCCCACUGUGGCUCUGCCUCACCUCUUCCACGCCAGCUACUGGGAGUCAACAGACGUGGUCUCCUUCCUGCUGAGACAGGUCAUGAGGCAUGACAACUCCAGCAUCUUGGAGCUGGAUGGCAAGGAAGUGUCGGUGUUCACCCCCUCCAAGCCAAGAGAGAAGUGGCAGCGCAAGCGGACCCACGUGAAGCUGCGGAACGUGACGGCCAACCACCGGAUCAAUGAUGCCCUCGCGAAUGAGGACGGCCCCCAGGUUCUGAUGGGCAGGUUCAUGUAUGGGCCGGACAUGGUCACCCUGACUGGGGAGAAGGUAAGGACACGCCUGCUGGGCCCAGGUGGAUGUGCACCCUCGGGCGAGUGGCUCUACCUGGAUAUGCUGGUGACCAACAACAGUGGGCGUGUCUCCUACACCAUCCCUGAGUCGCACCGCCUGGGCGUGGGUGUCUACCCCAUCAAGAUGGUGGUCAGGGGAGACCACACGUUUGCCGACAGCUACAUCACUGUGCUGCCCAAGGGCACAGAGUUCGUGGUCUUCAGCAUCGACGGUUCCUUUGCCGCUAGCGUGUCCAUCAUGGGCAGUGACCCCAAGGUGUGGGCCGGGGCCGUGGAUGUGGUGCGGCACUGGCAGGACCUGGGCUAACUCAUCAUCUACGUGACGGGCCAGCACGACAUGCAGAAGCAGCGGGUGGUGGCGUGGCUGGCCCAGCACAACUUCCCCCACGGCGUGGUUUCCUUCUGUGACGGCCUGGUGCAUGACCCGCUGCGGCACAAGGCCAACUUCCUGAAGCUGCUCAUCUCUGAGCUGCACCUGUGCGUGCACACGGCCUACGGCUCCACCAAGGACGUGGCGGUCUAUAGCGCCAUCAGCCUGUCCCCCAUGCAGAUCUACAUCGUGGGCCAGCCCACCAAGAAGCUGCAGCAGCAGUGCCAGUUCAUCACGGACGGCUACGCAGCCCACCUGGCACAGCUGAAGUACAGCCACUGGGCACGGCCUGCUCGCAACACAGCCGCCCGCAUGGCGCUGCGCAAGGGCAGCUUCGGCCUGCCUGGCCAGGGCGACUUCCUGCGUUCUCGCAACCACCUGCUUCGCACCAUCUCAGCCUAGCCCAGCGGGCCCAGCCACCGGCACGAGCGGACACAGAGCCAGGCAGAUGGCGAGCAGCGGGGCCAGCGCAGCAUGAGCAUGGCGGCCGGCUGCUGGGGCCGCGCCAUGACUGGCUGCCUGGAGCCGGGGGCGGCCACGGGCCCCAAGUAG